CCUUUCUCCUCCAUCUAUGCCAUGGUCUUCCUGGGAAACUGUAUGGUGCUGCAUGUGAUCCGGAUGGAGCCAAGCCUGCACCAGCCCAUGUUCUACUUCCUGGCCAUGCUGGCCCUCACUGACCUGUGUAUGGGGCUGUCCACUAUGUACAUGGUGCUGGGGGUCCUGUGGGGGAUCAUUCGUGAGAUCAGCCUGGAUUCCUGCAUUGCCCAGUCCUACUUCAUCCAUGGUUUGUCCUUCAUGGAGUCCUCUGUCCUCCUUGCUAUGGCUUUUGACCACUACAUUGCCAUUUGCAACUCACUACGCUACUCUUCCAUCCUAACUAGUGACAAAACCAUGAAAAUUGGGGUGGCAAUCUUAUGUAGGAGCUCUUUACUCAUACCUCCAGUCAUCAUUGGCCUAAAGUUCUUAAAUUAUUGCCACCCCCACAUCCUUUCUCACUCUUUCUGCCUGCACCAAGACUUAAUUAGAAUGGCCUGUUCAGACAUCCGCUUCAACAGCAUUUAUGGUCUAGCCUUGGUAAUCAGCAACCUAUUGUUGGAUGCAGUGCUCAUACUUAUCUCCUAUAUCAUGAUCUUGCAUGCAGUCUUAGCUAUUGCAUCACAGGAGGAGAGAAUCAAGUCUUUGCAGACCUGUGUAUCUCACAUCUGUGCUGUUUCAGUUUUCUAUAUCCCAAUCAUUGGUUUGACUAUGGUACAUCGCUUUGGAAAACACCUCUCACCAUUGGUCCAUGUCCUCAUGGGCAACAUCUAUACCCUUUUCCCACCUUUGAUGAACCCCAUUAUUUACAGUAUCAAGACCCAACAAAUACGAAGGAGAGUCCAGAGAUUGUUUUAUCUGAAAAGAAUGUAA